AAAUACAGCGGGUGGUAGGUGGGAUGGUUUAGUAGCUGAAACAAAACCACUGAACUACAAAGUCCUCCAUCCGUGUCUGCCUUUAACUUGCUUUAAACUUGCUCCACGCUCUGCAACCACAAACAACAUGAACGACUAUGAAGAUGCAACCGACUUUCUAGGGGAAUGGGGACGUUUCCAGCAGCAGGUGUUUUUCCUCCUCUGUCUGAGCAUCGUCCCGAACGGUUUCAUGGGUAUGUCGAUCGUGUUUGUCGCCGACACGCCGCCCCACCGCUGCCUCAUUCCCGCGGACGUCAACCUAACCGCCGCAUGGAGAAACAGCAGCAUCCCGCUGGAGGUGGAGAGCCACAGCGACGCGUUGGUGCCCAGCAAGUGCGCCAGAUACAAACUUGAAGAUGUCCUCAGUUUCUCGGACAGAGGCUUGAUGCCCGGCGUUGACGUUAACCUGUCUAAUGUGCCAACAGAAAGCUGUUUGGAUGGGUGGGAGUACGACCAGAGCAUGUACAUUUCUACCAUCAUAUCGGAGUGGGACCUGGUGUGUGAUGACAGGUGGAAGAACCCGCUGACUUCUUCUCUCUACUUCUGUGGCGUUCUUACUGGCUCCUUUGUUUCGGGACAGUUCUCUGACAGGUAUGGGAGAAAAAUAGUGUUGUUUGUUACCAUGGCAGUCCAGACAGUGUUCACAUUCAUCCAGGUCUUCUCUCCAUCCUGGACCAUGUUCUGCGCUAUGUUCUUUGUUGUUGGGUUUGGACUAAUCUCCAAUUAUGUGGCUGCGUUUGUGCUAGGAACAGAGAUAUUGGGCCCACGUGUUCGGACGGUUUUCUCCACCGCGGGUGUGACUCUUUUCUUUGGUGCGGGCUACAUGCUGCUGCCGCUGUUUGCUUAUUUCAUCAGAGACUGGAGGAUGCUUCUCCUAGGCCAGACCCUGGCUGGCUUCCUUUAUGUGCCUCUCUGGUGGUACAUCCCAGAGUCUCCUCGGUGGCUGCUCUCUCAGGGAAGAGUGGAAGAGGCUGAGGCCAUAGUGAGAGAUGCUGCUAAGAGGAACAAAAUCGAGCCUCCGCCAGUGAUCUUUAGUCCAUUGCAGAAAGAACUUCAAUGUGAGAAGAGGAAGGCCCACAACAUCUGUGACCUGCUUCGUUCUCGAAACAUCCGCUGGAUCUCUGUCACGCUGUGGCUGGUCUGGAAUACCGUGACCAUCGCCUACUUUGCUCUUUCCCUGAACACCGCAAACCUUCACGGUAACGCAUACUUCAACUGUUUCCUGUCGGCUGUGGUAGAGAUGCCAGCCUACGCUUUGUCAUGGGUUCUGUUUCGCUGGUGUUCCAGACGACGGAGUCUUUCCUUAAGCCUCUUCAUGGGAGGAUUGUUUCUACUCUUCAUACAGCUCAUACCAGCAAACCUGAUUUAUCUCGCUAUAACACUGGAGAUGAUGGGAAAGUUUGCAGUGACGACAGCAUUUUCUAUUGUGUACGCAUACACAGCAGAACUCUACCCAACCGUAGUGAGGAACACGGCUGUGGGCACCUGCUCCAUGGCCUCCAGAAUAGGCAGCAUUAUUGCCCCAUACUUCAUUUACUUAAGAAGCUAUUCCAUUUCACUGCCUUACAUCCUCAUGGGAAGCAUUACAGCUCUGUCAGGGUUGCUGAGUCUCCUGCUGCCUGAGAGCUAUGGAAUGCCUCUGCCUGACACCAUUUCUCACAUGCAAAACUUCCCCGGAUGUUGUCAGAAGACACCUUAUACACCCACACACACUGAAGAACAGGAACACGCUGCUGAAAGAAAGUCUCCGGUUGACCCUUGAACAAGGAGCUGCACUGAUAUCUGGGUUGAGGUGAUCAACUGGACAAUCAUUAUGUCACUCUCCAUUUUUCUGGUAAAUGGACAUUCGUCAGGAAUAACUAAAAUAAAUUGUUAUUUUGUCACUGGAAUUGUGAAAGUAUGUGACUUACACAGUAGCAUCAAACAUAUGUGUGCUUUUAAAAUAUCUCCACAAAACUGGAGUAAUGUUUUCUCUGCAACAGCAUUAAAAAAAACUGUAAAAUGAAAAGUAUAAAAAGCCUGUGCAUUACACAUGCUCAGUGCCAAUGCAAUUGUUACCAUAUGUGCAUAAUACUGCUGUUCACUGUAAAAGAUAAAAUAAUGUACUUAAAAACAUGAAAAAUGUACAUACGUAUACAUGAAACAAAUGAAAUAUUCUGAUACCAAUUUAAUCAGAACCUAUCCUUGUAUCCUUGUUUAGGGUUGAUUUUAUAACUGUAUAUUUUACUUCAAAUCCAACACACAUGCAUAUUUCAGUUUCUAGUGAAUAUUUGUAUAAACAAAAUUUUCACAAAGGGCAAGCCAAAUUUUAUUUACUCAAAAAUGUUUUUGUACACAUGUAAAUAGGAUUCUUUUAAUUUCACUUAUUACAAAAAGGUCAUGUAAAAUCAUUAAAUCCAUUUGUACUGAUUGACAUGUUGAUAAAAAUGUUGAAUAGUUAGAACAGCAAACACUAGGAAUGAUAGUAAAUAGUACAACAUUUAUUAAUAGCUUGUGUAAGUAAUGUUUUAGACAAUCAGAGGUGACUUUCGAAAAGCACCACAGGUUUUGAAUGAUCUUUUCUUGUGAUGAAUGGAAACUUCAUGCUGUCAGAAAAAAAAGGCAAACAAACACACCAUCACUUGGUUUACAGAAGACAAAAAAACACAUCUGCAACAGUUGAAUAUUUUCUCACUUCUUUCAACUUCACUAUCAUCGUCGGAUCAGCUUUGGCUGUUCUAUUAAAAGACUAAUCGGAA